AUGUAUUUAACAGAUGAAGAGCUAGAAAUCGCAGAAAGGUGGAUCACAGAACUGCAAGACCUUUUUGCUGAAGCAACGUCGUUGAAAAUUCAAUACAUUCAUAAUUCUAUUAGAUUAGAAAAUGAAGCGCGCGAAAACACUAUACGUCAUGAAUCCGAAAUGAAGGAGCGCGCGGAAAACCAGAGAAAAGCAGAAAGAACACUAAUGAUGCRCGYAAAAGCGCAGACAGUAUUUGACACUAUAUGCAAUAAUACAAAGCACUUUAUUGAGUCCAACGCGAUUGMUACGCACUCGCUAGAAAGGUCACUCAAGCAGAUAGAAGACGCAUAUGCCGAGUGCAAACGAGCAAACGACGAAGUUCUAGGCUUUGMCGAUCACAAAACAGCGGAGGACGCAAUCAAAUUCGCAGGUCAAAUGCAAUGCCGCCUUGAUGAAAUCACUGGACUCAUCAUCCCGUGCAUCGGACCUGGAGAUCAAAAAAUAGCUAAACGCGAGACUCCAACGUCAUCCAACCUUCAAUUAGAAAAAAUAAAACUGCCGCGAUUUGAAGGUGAAAUCCGCGCUUAUCCACAAUUUAAGCGAGACUUUGAGAAACAAAUCAUGCCGCAUCUCCGUAGCGAUGACGUCUCCUACGUCUUACGUUCAUGCUUAGGAAGCGAUCCUUUAAAUACCGUUAAGAGCAUUGACGACGAUGUAAGCGAAAUGUGGAAGAGGUUAGAUGAAAAGUACGGAGAUCCAGCAAAAGUCGCUGACGUUAUAAUUGACGGAAUCCGAAGGAUAAGAAUGAUAAGAGAAGGAGAAGAAAAGAGGUUCGUUGAGUUUGUAGAAAUCGUCGAAGAUGGGUACAGAGAUCUGAAGCGGCUCGGACUUGAAACGGAGAUAACAACAACAAGUUCAGUCAGCAUCAUAGAAAAGAAACUUCCGGCUGACCUUCGACGCAAAUGGGCUGAACUUUUCUUACGUAGUCAGCGAGGAGCCAUAGAGUACGAUACUGCCUCGCUAAGAUUACCAUCUGCUCCAGUGAAAGCCGUAAUCCAUCAUACCAUGACCGCCAAGGAGGAUGUGGAUCAUAAAAACCAAAGGGUGAGCCAAGUCAAGUGCUUGAUUCACGAAGAAGGCCGGCAUUCUACGGACGAAUGCAAAGUCUAUCUUUCGAAGUCACUUGAAGAAAGGAGAGAGCUUGUCAAAGUCAAAAACGCUUGCUGGUCUUGCCUUAAACCCGGACACGUGUCUCGUGCAUGUAGAGGCAAGAAAACAUGUGGAAUACAUAACUGUACUCUGACGCAUCAUCAGUCCCUACACGUAGACAAGGAAUCUCCCAACGCUUCUGGUUCGACGUACGUUUGUAACAACCCUGAGAUUGAUACCUGCCUCCUGCAAGUUCAGAAAAUCCAAGCCAAGAAAGGAGUGGUCAACGUAAUAUGGGACAAUGCAGCGUCUCUAAGCUUUAUCACUAACUCCCAAGCCAAAGAACAGAAAUUAAAAGGGGAGAGGGCUAAUUUGACAAUCAUAAAGAUCGGAGCUCAGGAUCAAACACUUAGUACAAUGAAGUAUACGCUACCCCUAGCUGAURCUCAAGGUCAAACUGUAAAUAUUGAGGUCUAUGGAAUCGAUAAGAUCACCUCCGACAUUGACAACGUAAACACUGAUGAAUUGUUUAGUCUUUUCGAAGGCGUAUCGAAGGAAGAAAUCUCUCGUCCAUCCGGACCUAUCGACGUAUUGAUCGGGUAUGAGUAUGCUGCAUAUCACCCUGAAAGAACGCAGAGUGUUGGACACCUUCUGUUGCUCAAGAAUCGAUUCGGCCUUUGUAUUGGAGGUUCACAUCCCUCGAUAAAAGGUGUGAUCAAAARGCAUGGCCUCAGUCGUGCCAGAGUACAACACGUAGUAAAGGGAGAAGUAGAGGACUUCUACAAAAUCGAAAACCUCGGCGUUGAAUGCGUACCACGUUGCGGAAGCUGCAAAUGUGGCCAGUGUGCUAUUGGAGGUAAAAACUACAGUAUCAAAGAGGAGAAGGAACUAGAGUUGAUUGAGAAGAACAUGGAAUAUGACGCUCAAGAUAGCAGAUGGAUCGCUGAGUACCCGUGGAUUAAGGAUCCAGCGGACCUUCCUGACAAUAGAAGAGUAGCUCUUGCUAUGCUAUACUCCACUGAACGCAGGCUAGGAAAGAACGAUCAGCACGCAACUGUAUAUGAUGAGCAAGUUCGAGAUAUGGUACAACGAGGCGUCGCUCGAAAACUUACCAAUGAGGAACUCGCGAAUUACAAGGGUCCUGUUCACUAUAUUUCGCAUCAUGAAGUACUCAAGCCAGAGUCGAAAUCAACUCCCGUAAGAAUCGUCUUUAACAGCAGUGCAAACUACAUGGGCCAUGUACUAAAUGAGUACUGGGCAAAGGGGCCAGACCUACUUAAUAGCCUUCUCGGGAUACUUGUGCGAUUUCGUGAAAAUGAAGUAGCCUUUAUAGGUGAUGUAAAAAAGAUGUACCAUACAGUUAAAACAACAGUACUGGAUCAGCACACUYACCGCUUUCUGUGGAGGGACAUGAACAYCAAAAGACCACCUGACACUUAUGUCAUUCAAAGAGUCUCAUUCGGAGAUAAGCCCUCGGCUACCAUCGCCACAAUGGCCCUUCGCAAAACAGCAGAGAUGGGGAGCCAGGAGUAUUCCGACGCUGCAAGGAUUGUACAAGAUAACACGUAUAUGGAUGACAUCAUAGAAAGCACCGCGGAUCUACCAACCGCACAGAAGCUAACUCAGGACAUAGAGAAUUUAGUCAUAAAAGGUGGAUUCCGAAUGAAAGAGUGGAUAUUUUCCCGCAACUCAAAUAAUAAUAGUGAAAAGGUUCUACCACAAGAGCCGAACGUUUCAACUGAAAAGGUGCUUGGAGUUAUUUGGGACCCGAUAACUGNCACGACUAUGGCAUUGUUCGAAAUGCUUUGCUCUGGAUCAAGUCCUAUCUCACUGGGCGCUCACAAGCUGUCAGAAUCAACAACACUACCUCUAAUGAACGUGAAUUAA